GAGGCGGGAGGGGGCGUGGCCUCGGCCGGCACGGGCCGAUAAGAGGCGGCGCCCGCCGUCGCGUUGCGAGCGGGGUUGGUCUACGCGGCCGGGCGGAGGCGGGGCGGCCCCGGCGUCUCCGACUGCCUGGAAAGACCUCGACGGGCGGGCGAGCCAGGCUGCGGUCCCGGCCGCUCCCCUUCCUCACAGCCCGUGCCGAGGAGCCUCGGCCAUCGCCCUAACAUGGCGGGCGGGCGCUGCGGCCCGCUGUGGACGGCGCUCCUGGCCGCCUGGGUCGCGGCGGUGGCGGCCACUGCGAGCCCCGAGCAGGCCGCGCUGCCGGCGGAGCAGAGCCGGGUCCAGCCCAUGACCGCCUCCAACUGGACGCUUGUGAUGGAGGGCGAGUGGAUGCUAAAAUUUUAUGCCCCGUGGUGUCCAUCCUGCCAGCAGACUGAUUCAGAAUGGGAGACUUUUGCAAAGAAUGGUGAAAUACUUCAGAUCAGUGUGGGGAAGGUAGAUGUCAUUCAGGAGCCAGGUUUGAGUGGCCGCUUCUUUGUCACCACUCUCCCGGCAUUUUUUCAUGCAAAGGAUGGGAUAUUCCGCCGUUACCGUGGCCCAGGAAUCUUUGAAGACCUGCAAAAUUAUAUCUUAGAGAAAAAAUGGCAAUCAGUCGAGCCUCUGACUGGAUGGAAAUCCCCAGCUUCUCUAACGAUGUCUGGAAUGGCUGGCCUUUUUAGCAUCUCUGGCAAGAUAUGGCAUCUUCACAACUAUUUCAUAGGGACCCUUGGAAUUCCUCCUUGGUGUUCUUAUGUCUUUUUCGUCAUAGCCACCUUGGUUUUGGGCCUUUUCAUGGGUCUGGUCUUGGUGAUAAUAUCAGAAUGUUUCUAUGUGCCACUUCCAAGGCAUUCAUCGGAACGUUCUGAGCAGAAUCAGAGGUCAGAGGAGGCUCGAAGGGCUGAACAGUUGCAGGAUGCAGAGGAGGAAAAAGAUGACUCGAAUGAAGAAGAAAACAAGGACAGCCUUGUAGAUGAUGAAGAAGAGAAAGAAGACCUUGGUGAUGAUGAUGAAAUAGAGGAAGAAGAGGAAGAAGACAACCCGGCUUCUGGGGUAGAUGAGGAGAAGAGUGAUGCCAAUGACCAGGGACCCCCGACAGAGGGCAGUACGGCCCAGGGGGAGGUGGAACCUGAGGAGACUGAAGAAGAUGUCACUGAGCAGCCCCGCUCAGCUGACACAGAGCAAGGGGAGGACUCGUUGAGACAGCGCAAAAGUCAGCAUGCUGAUAAGGGACCAUAGGGUUAAUGACGUUGUUUCCAAGAAUACAGACCAAAAGAAUAUGUCAGUUUCCCUCUGGUCUGCAGUUUAAACCAAACCCUUGAUUUUUUUCUAAAUAAGCAAGCUUCUCACUUAAAAGAUGAUCUCUAGUCAUGUGGUCUCAUGACAGUAAGCCUCAUAUAUGCUAAGGAGAAUCUUUCGGGUAUGACAAUCAUGAUGUGGAAAGACAAA